UGUCGCCGCCAUUUGGAUUUUCUACAGGCUUCAACUUUUAUUUAUAUUCCUCUUAAAGAAAGAAGAAAAGAAGAUUUCAAUCAAGAAUUUUAGAAAACUGUUAUUGAAGGAUAAUUACUGUUUAUACCGAAGUAUUGCAGUUUUAAUUUUUGAAAACUUUUAAGGAUUUGACCUGAACAUAUAAUUGAGAAUAUGGCUGCCGCCUCGGUCGAAGAUUCCGAACCUGGUGAAAUCUCAUCUGAAAAAGAAUGUGAUGACACGACUAACCAGGUGAAUGAAAAUGACAUUAAAGUUAAACUGUCAGAAUUGAAAGUAGCUGACUUAAGAGUAGAGUUGGAGAAACGUGAUUUGGAUAAAAGUGGAGUUAAGUCGGUUUUGAUUGAAAGAUUAAAAACAGCUUUGUUGGAAGAAGGUAAGGAUAUUGACGAAUGCAUAUUUAAAAUAUCAAGUGAAAGUACAAAUACCAAAAAUUUUCUAAAGAAAGAUAAAAUACCCGAUUCUGAAACUAAUGGGGAUAUGGAAAUUUAUAAUGUGGUUGAGGAACAGAAAUCUGAGGAUUAUAAAGAUUCAGAUAGUGCUUUAGAAGAUAAAACAUCAAAUGAAGUUACUCUUCAGAUAUCAAUUGAUGAAGAAGAAGCUCAGUUAAAUGAUGAUGAGAAUUUAGAAAUCAACAAAGGAAGUGAUAUUGAAAUUGAUAAAGUUGUUGAAGAACCUAGUCAAUCCAAGUUUGAAUCAAAUGAAAGGAAGAAUAAAUUGCCCAAGUCUGAAGAGUUGCCAGUAGUUGAAACAACUCCAAGUAGGGCAUCUAAGGUUAUUAGUGAAGAAUUGAAAGAAAAGAAAAGCAUUAAAACACCUCAGUUGAAAGGAGAAACGGUUACCAGUGUUUCGCCAAAGGUUUUGAAAGUUAUUGGUAAAAAUGAUAAAAUUAAAAGUGCCAAUGUAUUAGCUAAGAGUUUGUGGGUUACAGGAUUGCCUAAUACUACAAGAGCAGCUGAUCUUAAGGCUUUAUUUAGUAAACAUGGAAAAGUCUCAUCUGUCAAAAUAGUUAAAAGUACUAAACUGACUCCUGUCAAAUGUUAUGCAUUUGUUACAAUGGCAACCAGUAAAGAUGCUACUAAAGCAAUUCAGAAUCUUCAUCGUAUAGAAUUUAAUGGUCGUAUUAUUUCAGUUGAGCGUACACAAAGUGAACCUAGUGCUUUAUUAAAAAAGACUGAAUCUAAAGUAAUAUCUCUUGCCACCAAAAAACCAGCAGCUAAAAAAGAUAUAUCAAAGACAACUGAAAGUACAAAACCAGCUCCAGAGUCUAAAUCUUCUACUAAACCUGAAGUCAAAACAAAUGAAUCAAAACCCUCUGCAGAACCUGUGAAGCCUAAAGAAAGUAAAAUUAAAAAUACGGAAAAAGCAAAAUCAAAAGAAAAAGAGCCAAAAUCUAAAGAAUAUAAAGGUCGUGAUGUCCGUCGCCCACUAAUUAAAAGAACGCAUCCUAUGUACAAAUCCAAAUCUUUUACAUUUAAUGAUAGACAGAGAUAUCCUACUUUUAAGCGACCUUUUGGUCCUAGACCAUUUAUCGGUCGUUCAGGGUUUGGUGCAUCAAACUUUAGACCUAGGUCCGAUGCAUCAUUAUAUGAAAAGAUGAGAGAAGAAAGGAUUAGGCGCGAACGUUACCGUGAAAGAGAACGUAGGGAAGCUGAUAGGAGGCGAGAAUAUAUUGAACGGAAGCAGAGAGAAGAGGCUUAUAGAUUAGAAAGAGAAAAAGAAAAGUUACGAAUUGAGAGGGAAAUGCUUGAAAGAGAAAAGGCAGAAAUUUUGAAGCUCGAAAGAGAAAAGCAACGCUUGGAGAGAGAAAGAUUAGAACGUGAAAAAGAGGAACUGAGGCGGCAAGCUGAACUUAGGAGAGGUGUCAAACGUCCAUAUGUCCGAGUGCCCCGUGAAGUGAAUGCAUAUUGGGAAGAUCGAAAAAAAGUGCCACGUUAUGAAGAAAGGUCCAGUUUUCAUGGUGAAAAGAUCAGGAUGGAACCAUCUAGCAGCUCCAAAUAUGAGUAUCUACCAAGAGAAAGGCCGAGUAUGAAUCGUCAUGAAUAUGAUCGCCAUUCUGAACGUUUCAGCUCCUCGAAAACAUUGCACACCACUCCAAGAUCAGAUUUUGGUGACCGGGAUUCCAGGCGUGAAGUGACUAUCCGAAGCAGAGAAGAAAAUCCUGUUUAUGACAGAAAUGAAUUCAGGGAUAGAGACAGUCGGCGAAGUUUUCCUCCAAGAGAAAGACAUUCGUCAAGACGAGAAAGUUCAAGAGAAGAGUGGAAGCAUGACCGUAGAGUUCAUGAAAGAAUAGUUUCACCCAGUACCAGUAGUGGACAGAGAAGAAUGACUUAUUAUUAAGAAAACUGGACCCACAUGAUGUAUUGAUAAGAAAAUUGGAUGUACAUGUAUUGCUAUGUUGUAUAUUUCAUGUGAAUAUUAGAUGGUUAACAUCACUACGAAGUACAAGCUUUGUAAUCCAUAGAAAUUCAUAUGCUGAUUAUGCAUUCAUUUUUCACCUAAUAUAUUAUCAACAUUAGAAGUCAUGUAAAAGGUUGUAUGAAAAUUGAAUCAUUCUGGAGUCAAGUUUUAUAUAAUAGUUAUUCUACAAACAAUUAAAACUUUGAUCAUCAAGUUUUUCAAG